AUGAACAAGUAUGGUGGUAAAAUCCCAGAAAGGGAUGCUAAUUGUUAUACCCAAAUGAUAUUGGAAGGGCUUUUGGACAUUCAUGAGAAAGGGCUCAUUCACUCUGAUCUAAAACUAGGUAAUAUUUUACAUACCUACUCUGACAGUAAGAGAACUAUAGGCAAUUCCAAUACUGUUCCUUUUUUUGGAGGAAUCCCGUGGCUUUCUUGUGCAUUGGAUAUAUGGUUGUUGGAUUGCAUCGUGAUUGAAAUCAUUACAGGAAGAUUUCCAUGGGAAACUUAUGAUCGAAAUGAUUUAAGAGACAAAUUUUUGAGGGGAGAAUCACCCAACAUCCCGAAAGACGUGUUGAAACUAGGAAGAGUUUCUCGAGGGAAUGUUUUACUAUUAAUCCAAACAAAAGGUAGAAUUCUAGCAAGCUACUAUGUCAUUCGUAUCUUCUUCUGCAUCAUGAAAUUCUAG